AUGAGGAAAGCACCGAACGACGGGCGUGGGAAAGGCAAGAUCGGCGAGGCAGUGAAACCUGAACAGCAACCUUUGAUGCAGCCUGCCCUGGCGGCUGGAGGAAAAUCGUCUCCGCUGCCAGCACGAAAACCGUUUCCGAUGCCAGCACAGAAAUUGUCUCCGAUUCCAGCACGAAAAAUGUCGCCGAUGCCUCCACGAAAGUCGACUUCGACGCCAGCACAGAUACCCUCUCCGAUGCCAGCACAACGUACACAGUCUGAUGUCACCGUCAAUAAGACUACGCCGCAAUCAGUCUAUUUGCCACCAGUUUUCACGUACGGUGGUCCUGCUACAUAUUCGGAUAACCGCGCUCGUAUGCUGUAG